CAAGCAAAAGAUGUGAUGUGAAUUUCACAUUGAAAUCUGCUGAGCGAGAGAACUACGCCCAGUUUUGCUAAACCUCAUCCCUGUCUAGUAAAUAAAUUAUUUCUGUGGAGCAGUAGUAAUUAGAAUCGUCAUUUAACAGGUGCUGUAUUUCUCUUGUGAUUGAAAAUAGUCUAAGAAGAAAUUAAUCAAAAUGGCUUUGAGCGAUGCAGAUGUUGCGAAACAGAUUAAACACAUGAUGGCUUUCAUUGAGCAGGAAGCCAAUGAAAAAGCCGAAGAGAUUGACGCAAAGGCCGAAGAAGAGUUCAACAUCGAAAAGGGUCGCUUGGUUCAACAACAGCGCAUCAAAAUUAUGGAGUACUAUGAAAGAAAAGAAAAACAAGUCGAACUUCAAAAGAAAAUUCAACAGUCUAACAUGUUGAAUGCAGCUCGACUCAAGGUGUUGAAAGCAAGGGAAGAUCACGUCGGAACAGUUUUAGACGAGGCUAAAAAGCGUCUGGGUGAGAUAACCAAGGAUCAAGCGACAUACACGAGGCUGAUGCAGGCUCUUAUUACUCAAGGACUUUUGCAGCUUUUGGAAAUCAAUGUCUUACUGCGUUGUCGUCAAGCGGACCUUGGGAUCGUUGAAUCAGUCAUGGCCGCAGCUGCAGCUGCAUACAAGGACAAAACUGGAAAGGAUGUUAAUUUAAAAGUUGACCAGGAGUCGUUCUUAAAUCCCAACGUGGGAGGUGGAAUUGACCUCCUAGCUCAAAGGGGAAAAAUUAAGAUUUCAAAUACCUUAGAUGCUCGAUUGGACAUGCUUGCUAAACAAAUGAUUCCAGAGAUUCGUACUAAUUUGUUUGGGCGCAAUAACAAUCGACGAUUCACGGACUAAGAUCGUCGUAAUGCAUUCAAAAAUAAUAAAGGAUCGUACAAGUCUUUUCCGUAGUCAGUUGCUGAAAUUUUGCAUUUCCAAUGCAGUUUUCAAAUAGUGCAAGUAAAAAUAGAAUAUUUUUCUGAAUACAAAAGAUCUGCAUACUACUACUAUAUAUAUCACAAUGAUAUCACAUUUCAUUUUAGAUGUUUUUUCUAGUCGGUAUUAAUUAUUUGUUUCUUUCUAUUAAUAAUUGGUGUUGGGGUAUUAAUUAAAUUGUUUACAUUAAGUAGUUACUUGUGAAAUGAUACGCGUGAACCAAAUUUUGUGAUAGUCAAUAAACAUUCCAAAUAUAUUGCUUAGGCGAAAAGUC